AGUCUGGCCCUGGGUGUGCGCUCUGCCGGGUGGGAGCGGCGUGCGGGCGUGAGUGCUAGUGUGUGUGUGUGAGUGUGCGCCGGGUGCGUGCGCGCGCGGAGCCUGCCCAUUUUCCUCCUCGCAGCAGUCAGUUGGGAGCUGCAGGGAGGGAGAGGGAGACGCAGGCGGCGAGGAACCCGAGCGGAGCCGAGCGCCCUCCGCCCAAGGCGCCCUCCCCCGGUCCGCGCACAAGCGCCGUCGCUGGAAGCCGCAAGGUGCCCCCCAGCCCGCAAGGGCGCAGCGCAGGGCUCGCGGGCUGUGGCGUGGCUUUGCCCAGGACUGCACCUGGAGGCGGCCCCGCACGGGGAUGGUCAGCGGCUGCCGCCGUCUGGCACGCGAGCGGACGCGGUGAGGGCACGAUGGCGCUGACGGCACAGCGUGGGUCCCGGCCGGAGCUCUGGCUGCUGCUGCUGUGGGCAGCCGCGUGCCUCCCGGGUGCCUCGGCGUGCCCCGCCCUCUGCACCUGCAGCGGCACCACGGUGGACUGCCACGGCACGGGGCUGCAGGCCGUCCCCAAGAACAUCCCGCGGAGCACCGAGCGCCUGGAACUCAAUGGCAACAACAUCACCCGGAUCCACAAGAACGACUUCGCGGGCCUCAAGCAGCUGCGGGUGCUGCAGCUGAUGGAGAACCAGAUCGGGGCCGUGGAGCGGGGGGCUUUUGAUGACAUGAAGGAGCUGGAGCGGCUUCGGCUGAACCGGAACCAGCUGCACACGCUCCCAGAACUGCUGUUCCAGAAUAACCAGGCUCUGUCGCGACUGGACCUGAGUGAGAACGCCAUCCAGUCCAUCCCCAGGAAAGCUUUCCGGGGCGCCACCGACCUCAAGAAUUUACAGCUGGACAAGAACCAGAUCAGCUGCAUUGAGGAGGGGGCCUUCCGGGCUCUGCGGGGGCUGGAGGUGCUGACCCUGAACAACAACAACAUCACCACCAUUCCCGUGUCCAGCUUCAACCACAUGCCCAAGCUUCGGACCUUCCGCCUGCACUCCAACCACCUGUUCUGCGACUGCCACCUGGCCUGGCUCUCGCAGUGGCUGAGGCAGCGGCCGACCAUCGGGCUGUUCACCCAGUGCGCGGGCCCCGCCAGCCUGCGCGGCCUCAAUGUGGCCGAGGUCCAGAAGAAUGAGUUCAGCUGCUCAGGCCAGGGGGAGGCGGGGCGCGUGCCCACCUGCACCCUCUCCUCCGGCUCCUGCCCGGCCAUGUGCACCUGCAGUAAUGGCAUCGUGGACUGUCGCGGCAAAGGCCUCACCGCCAUCCCUGCCAACCUGCCCGAGACCAUGACAGAGAUCCGCCUGGAGCUCAAUGGCAUCCAGUCCAUCCCCCCGGGAGCCUUCUCUCCCUACAGAAAGCUGCGGAGGAUAGACCUGAGCAACAACCACAUCUCCGAGAUCGCGCCCGACGCCUUCCAGGGCCUGCGCUCCCUGAACUCGCUGGUCCUCUAUGGGAACAAGAUCACAGACCUCCCCCGCGGUGUGUUUUCAGGCCUGUACACCCUACAGCUCCUCCUCCUGAAUGCCAACAAGAUCAACUGCAUCCGGCCUGACGCCUUCCAGGAUCUGCAGAACCUCUCGCUGCUCUCCCUGUAUGACAACAAAAUCCAGAGUCUUGCCAGGGGCACCUUCACCUCGCUGCGGGCCAUCCAGACGCUGCACCUGGCCCAGAACCCUUUCAUCUGCGACUGUAGCCUCAAGUGGCUGGCGGACUUCCUGCGCACCAACCCCAUUGAGACGAGCGGGGCCCGCUGCGCCAGCCCCCGGCGCCUCGCCAACAAGCGCAUCGGGCAGAUCAAGAGCAAGAAGUUCCGGUGCUCAGCCAAAGAGCAGUACUUCAUUCCAGGCACAGAGGACUAUCAGCUCAACAGUGAGUGCAACAGUGACGUCGUCUGUCCCCACAAGUGCCGCUGCGAGGCCAGCGUGGUGGAGUGCUCCAGCCUGAAGCUCACCAAGAUUCCUGAGCGCAUCCCGCAGUCCACGGCCGAGCUACGGCUGAACAACAAUGAGAUCGCCAUCCUCGAGGCCACGGGGAUGUUCAAGAAACUCACACAUCUGAAGAAAAUCAACCUGAGCAACAACAAGGUGUCUGAGAUCGAAGAUGGGGCCUUCGAGGGUGCGGCUUCCGUGAGCGAGCUGCACCUGACAGCCAACCAGCUGGAGUCCAUCCGCAGUGGCAUGUUCCGGGGGCUGGACGGCCUGAGGACCCUGAUGCUGAGGAACAACCGCAUCAGCUGCAUCCACAAUGACAGCUUCACGGGCCUGCGCAACGUCCGGCUCCUGUCGCUGUACGACAACCACAUCACCACCAUCGCCCCUGGCGCCUUCGACACCCUGCAGGCCCUGUCCACGCUCAACCUCCUGGCCAACCCUUUCAACUGCGACUGCCAGCUGGCCUGGCUGGGCGACUGGCUGCGCAAGAGGAGGGUCGUGACGGGCAACCCACGGUGCCAGAACCCGGACUUCCUGCGGCAGAUCCCCCUGCAGGACGUGGCCUUCCCUGACUUCCGGUGCGAGGAAGGCCAGGAGGAGGGGGGCUGCCUGCCCCGCCCGCAGUGCCCCCAGGAGUGCGCCUGCCUGGACACCGUCGUGCGAUGCAGCAACAAACACCUGCGGGCCCUGCCCGUGGGCAUCCCCAAGAACGUCACAGAACUCUAUUUGGACGGGAACCAGUUCACGCAGGUUCCAGGCCAGCUGUCCACCUUCAAGUUCCUGCAGCUCGUGGACCUGAGCAACAACAAGAUCAGUUCCUUGAGCAAUUCCUCCUUCACCAACAUGAGCCAGCUGACCACGCUGAUCCUCAGCUACAACGCCUUGCAGUGCAUCCCUCCGCUGGCCUUCCAGGGCCUCCGCUCCCUGCGCCUGCUGUCCCUCCACGGCAACGACGUCGCCACCCUCCAAGAGGGCACCUUCACGGACGUGACCUCCCUGUCUCACCUGGCCAUUGGCGCCAAUCCCCUGUACUGUGACUGCCACCUCCGUUGGCUCUCCAGCUGGGUGAAGACUGGCUAUAAGGAACCCGGCAUUGCCCGCUGCGCUGGGCCCCCGCAUAUGGAGGGCAAGCUGCUCCUCACCACGCCCGCCAAGAAGUUUGAAUGCCAAGGUCCCCCGACCCUGGCUGUCCAGGCCAAGUGUGACCCGUGCUUGUCCAGCCCCUGCCAGAACCAGGGCACCUGCCACAACGACGUGCUUGAGAGGUACAGGUGCACCUGCGCCAGUGGCUAUAAGGGCCGAGACUGUGAGGUGUCCUCGGACAGCUGCUUCAGCAGCCCCUGUGGGAACGGCGGCACCUGCCAGGCACAGGAGGGCGAGGAUGCCGGCUUCACGUGCUCCUGUCCCACCGGCUUCGAAGGGCCAACCUGUGGGGUGAACGCAGAUGACUGCGUGGAGCACGCCUGUGCUAAUGGGGGUGUCUGUGUGGACGGCGUGGGCAACUAUACCUGCCAGUGCCCGCUGCAGUAUGUGGGCAGGACCUGUGAGCAGCUGGUGGACUUCUGCUCGCCGGGUCUGAACCCGUGUCAGCACGAGGCCCAGUGUGUGGGCACCCCGGAUGGGCCCAGGUGUGAGUGUGCACCAGGUUAUGCAGGUGACAACUGCAGUGAGAACCAGGAUGACUGCAGGGAUCAUCGUUGCCAGAAUGGGGCUCAGUGUGUGGAUGAGGUCAACAGCUACACCUGUGUCUGUGCCGAGGGCUACAGCGGACAGCUCUGCGAGAUCCCGUCCCAACCCCCUGCACCCAGGAGCCCCUGUGAGGGCACUGAGUGCCAGAACGGGGCCAACUGUGUGGACCAGGGCAGCCGGCCCGUGUGCCAGUGCCUGCCGGGCUUCGGCGGCCCUGAGUGUGAGAAGUUGCUCAGCGUCAACUUCGUGGACCGGGACACCUACCUGCAGUUCACCGACCUGCAGAACUGGCCACGCGCCAACAUCACUCUGCAGGUCUCCACAGCAGAGGACAAUGGGAUCCUGCUGUACAACGGGGACAACGACCACAUCGCGGUUGAGCUGUACCAGGGCCAUGUGCGUGUCAGCUAUGACCCGGGCAGCUACCCCAGCUCUGCCAUAUACAGCACCGAGACGAUCAACGAUGGGCAGUUCCACACCGUCGAGCUGGUCACCUUUGACCAGAUGGUGAAUCUCUCCAUCGACGGCGGCAGUCCCAUGACCAUGGACAACUUCGGCAAGCACUACACGCUCAACAGCGAGGCGCCCCUCUACGUGGGAGGGAUGCCCGUGGAUGUGAACUCGGCCGCCUUCCGCCUGUGGCAGAUCCUCAAUGGCACCAGCUUCCACGGUUGCAUCCGAAACCUGUACAUCAACAACGAGCUGCAGGACUUCACCAAGACGCAGAUGAAGCCAGGCGUGGUGCCCGGCUGCGAGCCCUGCCGCAAGCUCUACUGCCUGCAUGGCAUUUGCCAGCCCGAUGCCACCCCGGGGCCUGUGUGCCACUGCGAUGCCGGCUGGGGGGGCGUGCACUGCGACCAGCCAGCCGACGGCCCCUGCCUUGGCCACAAGUGUGUCCAUGGAAAAUGUGUGCCCCUCGACGCUCUUUCCUACAGCUGCCAAUGCCAGGAGGGGUACUCGGGGGCCCUGUGCAACCAGGCCGGGGCCCCGGCAGAGCCUUGCGGGGGUCUGCAGUGCCUGCAUGGCCACUGCCAGGCCUCGGCCGCCAAGGGGGCUCACUGUGUGUGUGACCCUGGCUUUUCAGGCGAGCUGUGUGAGCAAGAGUCCGAGUGCCGGGGGGACCCUGUCCGGGACUUUCACCAGGUCCAGAGGGGCUAUGCCAUCUGCCAGACCACGCGCCCCCUGUCGUGGGUGGAGUGCCGGGGCUCGUGCCCAGGCUCGGGCUGCUGCCGGGGCCUGCGGCUGAAGCGGAGGAAGCUCACCUUCGAGUGCAGCGACGGGACCUCUUUUGCCGAGGAGGUGGAGAAGCCCACCAAGUGCGGCUGCGCCCUGUGCGCGUAGCGCGGCUGGCGGCGGGCCGGGCGGGGUGCGGGCCACCACCGUGCCCACUCCGCGCCUGGCCUGGCGGCUGCAGACUAAAACUAGGCGAGCUGGGAGCGGAGGGGCUAGCGUGCCGGGCGGCGGCCGCCCUCUCCGCAAGUGCCUUGCACAAAUAGGCGCUUAAUAAAUAUUUGUUGAAUGAGUGUGUGCGUGCGAUCAGGCCAGCAAGUGCGGAAGGGCGGCGCCCCUCCUUGCCCGACACAUGGUUCUCAAGAAGGGGCCCGACUUGGACCCUUGUCUUGGUCUGGAGCCCAGGCUGGCCUGAAGCCAGGUCCCGGCCCCGGAAGCCCCUGCCCUCUGUGGACCACUGGGAAGCACUGCCAGCCUUCUGGGGCGGCCGGCUGGGCUCGGUCUGCGCCUGCAGUGUGGGCAGCGCACGGCGAGGCGGACCCUUCUCCUUGCUGCCACAAGGCUGGGUGUGCAGCUGCUUCUGAGGACCAGGCCUCUGAGCACCCAAGUCGCAGGAUGACCUCAGCAGCUUCAGGGAGGGCCAGGGGGACUCCCAAAGAGGGCGGGGUUCUUGGCUCUGGCCGAAUCAACAUAACCAGCCUCCAGAGCUAAACCCAGAGGGGCAUGCCCUGGGCCUCCCCAGCCACAGGCAGGCUGCUUAGUGUGUAUGAAGGGGUGUCCUCCUGUGGAGGCCGGACUCAGAGCCCUUUGAACUGUGGGCAGGAAGGGUCCUGGGAGGCGUGGCCAGGCGUCAGGAAGCCUCCAUGGAAGCCCCUGGGCCAGUUCCUGCCCCCACACGUGUUCUGGGGAGGACAAAAGAAGCAAUGUGGUCUCUCCCACCGUGGUGUCGGAGAGGAGGCUGGCGGUGUUGGAGACCUGUUUUCACAGAUGGCAUCACCAGGAUGUCUGUGGGUAACCCAGGCUGGGUAUUGUGGGUGUUCUGCUCUGGGGGGGCACAAGACAGUGGCUCCCAGGCUGUCACAGGAGGGGCCAGGAUGCUUGGGAAGACAACGGCAUUGAGUGGAUGGCGGCCCCAGCCCAGGCUCUCCACGCGCCCAGGCUUAGCUGCUCCCCAUCAGUGUCAGCGCUGGAGGAUCGCUGCUGCUACAGUUGUGUCUUCUGUGCACGCUGAAAACCCACAGAGGAGGUCUUGAGCACAGCCAGUGAGCUGGAGCAGCUCACCCUCCUUUCCCAGCUGUCUCCACCUGCAGACAGAAGGCGGGGUUGGAGUGGCGCUGGGCCUGUGUGCCCUGCCCAUGUGGAUGGUGCAGGGAGCCCUGGAUGCUGGUUGCCAGGGGGCAUGGGCCUCUGUGGUUGUGGGAACCCGUGUGUUUCCUCACACUGCUACUCCAGCCAGCGAGUACCUCUGGGGACCCUGCAAUGGGAAGAGGACUCUGCCCUGCCGGAAGUGAACUCCUGGCUGGAUCUGCCCCUCCAGGAGACCCGGCUGGCUCUUCCUGCAGUUCUGAGCAAGGCCACAGUGCCCACGCUCACCCACAGGGGGACAGCAGCUGGGCCUCCCAGGCCUUCUCCCAGGGCUGCACAGCCUCCCGGUCUCCAGGCCAUGUGGGGACUGGCUCGAGUGCCACUGGAAGACGCAUGUUCUGGGCCUUAUCAAUCCCAAGAAAGGCAGCUUCCCUGGCCACCACCAUUCCCUGGAGAAGCCAGUUCCUGGGACUGAGGGGCCACCUCCCUCUUGAGGAAGUACAUGUGAUGCCCAGGACCAACGGGCUGGGAGGUGCAGUGGGCUGGUUCUUAGGGAGCACCAUGUGAGCUUCCAGCCACCCCCACUGACCGCUCCAACUCGAUCCUGGCCAGGUCCGGGGGCUGGGACCAACAAGGGUCAGGGCAGCAAGAGGCCAAGAGCCUCAUGCCCCAGGAUCAACUCUCCCUGCAAUUUAGCCUCCAGCCAACUGGGCACUAAGGACCCGAGUCCUCACCCACAUGGUCUGUGCACAUCAGGCUCAUCAGUUCCGGAAGAAGGCACCUGCAAACCCUUCCUCUUCGGUCAUCUCCACAUCUCACCUCCCUUUUGGUAAAGACCAUCCGUUCACCUGCGGUCGCUUUUGGCUACUUCUAUUAACCACACACUGAAGCCACGAGCCCCGAGGAAGCUGGUGACGGUGCCCGGCUCCCUGCGAAGGUCUUCCGAAAUGGAAAAGGCCGGACUUUGUCUCCUCCUUGCCUGCUGUUAGCCUAACCGCGAAAGUAUCUCUUUAUACAGAAUACUUACAGAUUCUAAUAUAUAUUUGUAUUUCAUUUUGUUAUAGUAUUUUUAUAUGUUAAAGUCAACAUCCAGUGUCUCGUGUUGCUUUUCAGAUGCUAUGUGGUUGUGACCUUUGGUUGGGGGUUUCUGUAGUCUUGUUUGGAUCAACCCUUAGAACAGGCCUGUGAGGGAGCCACACCUGCCCUUUCCCUAGAAGUAUUGUUUCAGGUGUGUUGAUAUUGUCUGUUGUCUUCCAUGUGAACAUGACAUUGAUUCACUUA